AUGUCGUUUAAUAGUUCCGACGCCAGCAAGCCAGUAGACGAUGCGUGGAGGCGUUGGGAGCCCACCAGUACGGAGGCAAGCCUUGGGGCCCGCGCCGUGCCGCAGGAGGUCAAGGGCGGACCCACUCGCAACAACUUUGUGCCGUCCCACACUGACUCCCUGCAGCUGGCUAUGUCUGAUCUGACAGAGGGACCCGGUAGCGCCUCCCAGGCCGGCGAUGGUGGUCUUCUGGAUGUUCGUCCUUCUCCAACGAUGACCCGGCGGAGCGUCUCAGUUGCCAUCAUUACAAUGGUCACCAUAGGACUCAUUGCGGCUCUCUAUCGGGACUUCAGAAGCAAUUACAGUGUACACAGCACCCCUGGAAGCCCUAGAUUUAGGCGAUAUCUGCACAAACGCUGGCGUGGCAUCUUGGGAGCUGUGGAUGAGCCCCUUCCAGCGGCUGAGACCGAGGGAACUAAGGACCCUCGGGAUUGGAUAAAAACGUUUUUCGCUUCACGUGAGGACCCACACGGGUCGACAGUCGACUUGAAAGACAGCCCUCUGCCCUUUCUUUCUGAGGCAGUCGGGGCCCAAGAGCUUCGAGUGCACCUGCAGCGCACGGCGGCCCUGCUGCCUGCGGCGGAGCGCCUAGCAUCAAUUGUCGAUACAGCAGAGGCGUCUUUGCUGUUUCGGGAGCUGAAGGAGCUUGUAAUGAAAGCAGCAUCUCCACAGGAAUUGGACCAGGUGGGCCACUGGACGGCAGCGGAAAGAAAGGAGGAGCAGCUCGGUGCCGUAAAACGGGGCCUUCGUUCGGCUUCAAGCGCGCUGAAGCAGUUGCUGGACGUAGCGGAGGAGAAAGCCUGGACAAUAUCCCAGAAGGUUGUGCCGUUACCUCGACUUGCGUGUCUGCCAGAGACCCACAUAACUUUAUUGUGGGGUACCGGCAGUGCGGGCCUCGUUAGUGCCGUCAAGACCUACCUGCGGUCCCUUGUAGAAACCGCCGAAAUCGAAGCACGCCGCGCGAAAUGGGCAUAUCGCGAGCUCAGUCGGCACCAGAAAGGCAGGACAGAGGCGAGUGUGGAGACUAUAGUGGGAAUGAGCAACCGACUCGAGGACAUUUACACAGCAUCGGCCUUACGCCAAAACGCUGCCCACUUGGCCGCUCUGCUGCAGCAUAAUGUGUUUCUUUUAUGCAAAACGGCAGUCUGCGGUUUUGCCAACAACAGCAAACGCUUGGUUGAAACCUUGCAAAGGUCGCACGAGGUCGCCCUGUCGGUACUGCAGGAUAUUGUGCACAGCAAAGGGUCCUUGCCGUACGUCCCGGAGGACGAGAUGGAGGCGGAGCAGCAGGAAGUGAAUGAGCUGUUGCAACAGAACGUAGAUACUCUUCGUGCACUUGAAGGGAGCGUCACAAUAGAAGCUGUAAUGGCUGCAAGUGAUCGACUGAACGCCAUAGAUGAACAUCUGACGAGUCUGUCCCGGAGCUUCCAAAAAAAGGCCAAGCACGUAAGAGACCUAUCGAAGCACUGUGAGGAUGCCUUGCCCAGGCUAAGGGCAGCGAAUCUCGAGAACGUAAUGGCGGCAAGAACACAAGCGCUGGCGAACGCAAAUAUCGCUGAGCUGCUAUAUGAGAAGGCGCGCAAACGCGUAGACAGACGCGCCGAGGGCGUCCUUGGAAAGGGCGGAGGGGAGACCAUCACCAGCAUCAACGGCGUCCUGUCGCAGCAGCUGCUGGAGAGACUAAGCGCCGAGAAGCGGAGGGCAGCAGACGGCGCAGCGGCAGCCAACAGCUUCGUGGACGGCGCGCAGUUUGCUGAGGAUUUUACGUCGAUUUUCGAUCUUGUCGAUAUCUCUGAUGCGGCGGCGGCAAAGGCAUACAAGGCAGCGGCACAGUCGACGUUAGCGUUUGCUGAGUUCACCACUUUGUAUUCUCUUGAAAUACACUUGAGAGAAAGUAUAGACCUGUGGGCCGAUGCCUCUGCCCACAUACUGCACAGCGGGCCCUCCGUUCGCCGUCGUUAUGAGGAUCUGAAGGCACAGUUCGCCGACUGGCAGUUUGCCGCCAAGGAGGCGAGGGACAUCUCCAGCAUUGCCACGGCUGCGGCGGAGAUGCGUUCAAUCGUCCACCACCUAGAGCAGCUUGUGGACAUGGAGACCGCGAUACUAUAG